CUCUUGGAUCACUUCCUUUCAAAACCAUAAGCUCGCUCAGUGCGCUCUGACAAGAGAGCUAUGUGCUGCUGUGACAGGAAAUAACCUCGAUGAUGGAAAGUUCUUCUUUUCAGCCAAAUAUGAGGAGGACGACAAUGAAGAUGGCAUCGAUGCCUGCAGCCUCUGUGUUUUUGCUCUGCUGCUUCGCCGUCACCUCCGUUGCCUCCCAAGUUUGUGACCAGUAUGCUGCAAUGGGCCGAAACUUCAAAGUUCCUCUGGGAUACAAACUGAAACCUACUGAUACUCUGAAGUGGAAGUUUGAAGACGUAACAAUAUUUCAUCAAAAACAAGCAAAUGUACUUAUGGCAAAAAGUAAUGUUAAUGCAGAUGGAUCCCUCGAACUGACAAAUCUGAAGAAGGACCAAGCAGGAGUUUACAUCCCUGAGGUUUAUGAUCAAAGUGGAAAAUCACGGACCAUGAAGAGCACAAAUUUAUGUGUACUGGAUCCUGUGAAGAAGCCUAAAGUAGAUGCAACAUGUAAGAAUCCAAAUGAUGUGGAGUUUAAAUGCAUUCCUGAUAAGGUUUCUGACAAGCAACCUGGCAAUGUGGAGUACGAAUGGCUUCAGAAUGAAAAGGUGGUGAAGGAAAAAAAGUAUGUUUUUAACAUGAAAGCUGCAGACACUAAAGCCGACAAAUUUGUUUGCAAAGUUUCCAACAAAGCCAGUAGUGAAACCAGCGAGUCGGUCACUCAUAAUUGUGCUAAAAUAGGGCUGUUUGGAAUAAGUAUCUGGGUGUUUGUAGGUGGCGGAGCAGGUAUUGUUAUAUUGCUGAUUAUCAUCGUCAUUGUUUGCUUUGUCCAAAGUAAACGAAAAAGGAAGCUGCGUCUGAAGGAUGAGGAGGAGUUUCGUUUGGACUGGACCACUACACAGCAGCAAAAUCACCAUCACCAUCUUCCUCCUCUUCCUGAUCAUCCUCCUCCUCAUCAUCACCAUCGUCACCAACAGCAGCAGCAACAGCAGCAGGCACCAGGCAACACCGGCCCUCGACAAAGCCGCUCUAAGCAGAACCGACAACCUCGACCUAGAGCCCCUGAACCCAACGGGCAACCUGAGCCCAGUCCACGGCGAGCCGUACAGGAGCAAAAACCUGCCAAUGACGCUGAUGACGAGAAGCCUCCUCCUCUUCCUCAGCCCAGGAAGAAAGUUCCCAAAGGACAAAUAGAUUAAAAGUAAUCUGGGUUUAGAGAAUUUAAGGAGACAUUUUAUUUUUCAGACACAGACCGUUUUUCCUGGUUUCCUGGUUUCCAUGAACAAACUACAACAUUCCUAAUCUUUGAAAAAUUUUAAAGCUGAACUCAAACAGGAAUUUUUCAAAUUCUUUCUGACUUAUAUUAAAAUGCAGAGAAUUUAUUAGGCAUAGGCCAGUUAUGGGUAUCAAGGUAUAACAAAGUUAACAAACUGUAUGGUUUUAAAACCACUAAACAUUGCAUUGUUCCUGCUGUUUGAGGUCCUCUGAACGAGAAUGUUUCAAAGUUGCUGGAAUGUUCUCCAGCUGUGUUGAGUAACCAUGCUACCCCUCCCCCACAUGUUGCUGGGCGCUACCUCUCAGUGGGCUAUAUGAAGGUUAGCUAUGGCAUUUUCUUAUGUUUUCAAUCAAGGCAGUAAGUAACGUUUAAAUAAAUAAACUAAAAACAAUGGCCACCCAUCAAUCUUCUAAAGGUUAACUUAGUUAAGGAGUAGAUGGCAGGCUGACUACCUUAGCAUGAUUAUUUAACCAGCAAAUAUCACCUUUUUCUUCUUUUGCUACUCUAUAUAAACAAAAAUGGCAAAACAGCAUAAUAUUCUGUACAAUAAGCACAAGAAAACUACUGUUGCUAAAUCUAGGAGUUUAUUUUAUAUUUUCCUUCAUUUUAUUGUUAUUUCACCUUCGUUUGAACAGAAAACACUCAUCAAGAAUAAAGAAAUCACUUUUACAAGAGGGUCCUUACCAAGAAAGCAGCACAUAAAACAUCAUCACAUCAAUUAAAGUCAGAACAUAUUAUAAACGGUUCUACCACAAGAUAUUGCUAUUUCCAAGUCUUUUAAAAACUAUUUAAAAGUAUAUAGAUCGAUCAGAUGCUGGAGACCCAAGAAGUGAUUCCCAGCAAAUGGAGCCACAUUUCUAAAUCAGGAUAUACCAGUAGUUUAGUCUUCUGGUGGACAGAGGAGACCAGCCCACCUUCUCACAUAGAAAGUGGUGAGUAAGAAUUUUGAGACUUGUUAUAAAUCUAAGCACCCUGAUAGACUGUCACCACAAAUCCUUACAGAUGUAAAAGUAACGUAAAUUCGCCUUUUCUUGGUUUUUAAAAGAGAAAUGGGGCCGAUUUUGAGAGUAAAAGACUAGUUUUAAUUUUAAUUUAUUUAAUACUUGUUGGCUGUGUGGUUUAAGUCUUCAUUAGGAAUACCAAGACAUUUGUACUGAGAGACAAUCUCAAUCUCUGAACCUGUCUGCAAAUUAUUAAAUUCAGUCUUGAAUUUGAAAAUAACAUGAGGUUGAAUUUGUCUGGAUUAAAAACAAGGUUUACGUCACAGAGUGAAUUUUCCUUUAUUAUCAUCGUCACAAAUACAAAGAAAUUGAGAAUAAAGCUAUCUGGUCAGUGCAUGAGCAAUAAAUAAUUUAUGUAAAAUAGAAAAAUAAAAACAGUUUGUUAAAAACAUAAAAUUGCAGGAAUUUUGAGGUUUACUGAGUACCGCUGGUUGUGUGCUGCCAGGACAGUAAAUUACUGUAUCAUCUGCAUAGAGGUGAACAUUUGAAGCAAGAUCUUUAACGUAAAUGAUGAAAAGCAUUAGUCCAAAGACUGACCCUUGCACAACACCUUUUAAAAUUUUAAUCAGCUUAGAUAUUAAAGCAUCUGCCUGUACAUAUUGAGGCCUGUUGGAAGGAUAGUUCUGAAACCAAGAAAUAAGAGUGUUGCCUAACCCCUUCAGAGAGGCUUUGUAUCUGUCAAUUAAGUCUAUGUGUCAAACUAAAAUAAGAGUAAUGAAUGACAUAAGUAACAUUAUUAAAACUUAAUAUGUUAGAUCACAGCAUUGGGAAUAAUUUUUGCUUUUUGGUUCUAUUUAAAACUGAAUUUAUCAUGUUAUAUAUAUUUUUUUGUUUUAAAUGUUUGUUUUUAAACCAUGAGAAUCUCAUGCUGGACUAUGUCUAGUAUAAAUGUCUUGCUUUUUUAUUUUCUAGGUGAACAUGAAAAGAAAACUGCUGGGAUAGAUAGAAGUAGCAAUGCGAGAUAUAUUUUGUUGACACAGUUUUCAAUUGCUGCAUCAAACUAUGUGUGAUUUUCUUUAUGUAUGUAAAUUUUUUUGUCAGAUUACUAAUAAAUUCUGUUCACUUUAAGACAAACUGGUUUCACUCCAACAGUCUAUCAUAGACCAUCUUCUGUGUUUAGUAUGCAUCCGGGUGUCAGUAGUACACCAUAACACAGGACCUAGGACAGUAGAGAUAGGGUGCCAAAAUCACUUUUGAUUUUGAUUAAAAAUCGUCAUUGAUUUGUAGAAUAAUUCUUCGGGAAAAGUUAAUUGAGUUUGACGUUUUGGAUUUUACGAUUACUUUAGAUUUGCAUUCAGAGAAACUAAACUGUUGCAUUAAAAUAACUUGUUAUGAGUUUUUGUCUCAUGUAAAUUGAUUUGAUGCCUUCAGGUAUAGUAAAAGUGUACAGUUCCAUUUAGCCAAACUGUGUAAAUUUAUCUGUUUUUCAUCUGCUUCUGUGUUACAUUUAAAAGCUGUUUUUGGUGCAGGGACGAUUGUUAUUCAAUGCAUGAAGGUGCAGUUUACUGAACUUCAGGCUUGUUUUAAUGUACGAUGGUAACAGUUUGUAUAAUGAAAAUCUACUUAUUUGUAAAGUUCUUCCCAGUUUCUCCACAUGAUGAAAUGUAUGAAAUCUGCUUUUCUUGAUGAUGCAUUUUAUUAUAUACAAAGAAAAAAGGGUCUCAUUAAGUUAAUUAUUUAUCUGUAUUGCCAUUGUUCUAUGUACUGUGUGUGCAUCAUUGUAUGCUGUACAAUGAUGCAGUACAAUUUAUUCUUAAAAUACAAAAAUAAGAAAAUGUGAUUCAACCCUUUUUCAGACAUGUGCAGCAGGGUGCAUUUUAGAUUGAGUGUGCAACCAAAUGAUGGAAGACGUGUCUGCAUCCUUCACCAUAUCCUGUGCAUUUUUGCUGAAAAUGUGUUUGUGGUUUACUGCUCUGUGCGCUCACACACAGCAUGCUGAGUGCAAGAUCGCUAUCAUGCUUUAUGGCAACAUGGAAAUGUUUUCCUGCACUUGGAGCUCAAACUUUUACCACCAUACACAUUUUCUUACUAGUCAUGCAUUCUGAUCUUCUUAAAAUGAUCAGGUAACAUGGAAAGAAUUAGUCACAUUUAGUGUGUCAGGUUUAAUGCAGCUGCACUGCACAUGUAUCUCUACACCCACACACUAGACACCAGUGAUAUUGCUUCAUUAUUUUCACACCUCUUAGUAAAAACACUCAAACAGUUUUGCCUUGAGGCCAUACUCAAAGAUCAGUGGUUAAAGGACAGUGCAAUUGUCUUCUAGAGGUUAGUGGCUUAUCUGAAACUUAAAUAUUUAUCUUCCUUCUUGAAGAUAAUUUAGAUGUUUAUUUUGUCAUUUUAUGCUUAUCCAAAGAAAGGCAAAAGUGUUUUUCAUGCUGAAGGAUGGGAGUUUUCUACAUUUUAAAGACACAUUUUGAAUAUCUAAUUGCCAUUAGAUGUGUAAAGAGUCAUCUGCAUAACAUGACACUGCCUUUAUUUUUACUUGAGAAAAGUCUCAUGGCCAAAAUCUUAGCCAGCAGAGUAGUUUUAAUUUCAAGUGUGCCCCAUUUUGCUUUAUGAAUUCAAAUAUCCAUUGUUUCAGGUUUUUUUGUUGUUGUUUGCAAGUUGUUUGCAAGUUUUAUUCAUUUAUGGAGUCUUGAUUAGCAUGGUGACUUCAUGCAACCACAGUUUUGUUCACCUCUGAGGGUUUAAUUUAACUGAGAUUUAAUUUUUUUAUUCAAUUUAAUGUCAGAAUGUAAAUAUCUAACUAUCAAUAGAUGUAUAAAAGGAACAUCAUCUGCAUAGCAUAACACUUUUAUGUUUUGAUCACUUGAGGAAAGCCUGAUGGACAAAACAUAAUUUUUUAUGCUUAUCUUUAAGAUCCUGGCAGAUGAUGGUUUUGUUCAUUUUAAUGACAAAAGCAGCGCUGGUGGUGUAUGGGUUGAGUGCGUGACCAUCUAUUUAAAAAAAAAAAGAAAAAUAAAGGCCUCUAGUGCUGAAAAAAAA